AUGAACCCUUUUCGAUCCCCUACGCGCGCCGGCUACGACGCCGUCGAGCUCGGGCAUCCAAGUCAACUUCAUGACAGUCCCCAGUCGACGCCCAGGAUGAGCUCCAACAUGCCGCUCUACGAGUACAGCCUCGCGGGCCAAGGGCAGCCCCGACCGAACACCACCGGAUCCCCGACACCAAACUCGGAAGACACACAUGUUACGUACCCGCCGUACUCUCAGAACACCAUGGCGUCCUCGUCGUCUCUGCCUAUGUACGAGCCGAGAAGAGGUGACGCUGGCGUGGGAUAUCCGCCCGAGAGUAAGGGACCGCAAACCAGCAUGCCGCGACCGACGCGCCUCUCCCGAAGUCCGUCUUGGGACAUUCUCAAUGGCAUCAAGCGCUUUGAGAAUCAAUACGAGGAAUUCGACACCCGCAAGGCCACGGAGGAGCAUCUAGCCUUCGCGGACGGAGAUCUACCGAAGAACAGAUUCUCUCGGUUGUAUCACUAUCUAAUCAAUGUUUCUGUCGUCACUCGGUGGAUUCUGUUCAUCGUGCCGGUCCUGGGCAUCAUAUGGAUUCCCGGCAUCCUACACUUUACUGAAUUUCCCGACGCUACUGUGUGGAGUGUCAAUCUCCUCUGGUGGUCUGUAUGGCUGUCGGUGGUCUGGGGAGGCUGGUGGUCAGCUUUGGCCGGUGCUCUCCUACUUCCUGGGCUACUCAGAUCAACUAUCGGUGUCGUCGCCGUAUCUUCACGCCGAUAUAUUGAUUGGAUGACCGCGUUACAUCGUUACGUCGCCUUCUUCGCCUGGACCUUUCUCAACUGGUGCGCUUCGCGCAACAUCAUCGACCUCAUUGCGAAGCUUCUGUUUGGACUCUUUUUGUGUGCGGGUCUGCUCGCAUUCGAGAAGUUCAGCAUCCAGUGGAUUGCGGGCAAAUUCCACGAGCGUAGCUAUGCCGAGCGCAUCGCGGACCAGAAAUUCACCGUUCGGGCCCUCGUAGUCUUGUACAGACAUUCCAGUGAUAUUCCAGGGCGUCACGACACGAUGAAUGGCGCACAGCGUGGGAUCAAGGACAAGGCGAAUCCUGCACGUCUCCUCAAGGCCGCGAUCAAGGGUGUGCGGAAUGCUGCGACCACGACUACGACAGCGCUCGGCAACGUCGCCUCUGAGAUCGCUGGAAGCUCCGUUCUGCAGCCCAACUCGCCUCAAGCCAUGGUCAAGACGGCUUUGGAGAGCGCGAACAAGUCCAGGCAGCUAGCGCGCCGGAUAUUCUACUCUUUCGCGAAGCCGGGUUCCGAGUACAUGUUUCUCCAGGACAUACAGCACCUCUUCCCGGAUGACAUCGUCGACCGGGUGUUCUCCAUUUUUGACCGCGAUGGAAAUGGCGACGCGAGCAGAGAAGAGGUCGAGAUGGCGCUCAUGGACUGCCACCGGGAACAGCUGUCCAUCGAGCACUCCAUGCAGGACCUCGACAGCGCUGUCGGUCGUCUCGACAACAUCCUCAUGUCCUUGUAUGUCAUCAUUGCGAUCCUCAUCAUCGCUGUCUGCUUGGAAGCCGAACUCGUCACCCUCGUCACCUCCGCCGGCACACUCAUCCUCGGUCUCUCCUGGCUCAUUGGUUCCUCGCUCGCCGAAGUGCUCACCAGCAUCAUCUUCCUCUUCAUCAAGCACCCCUUCGACGUUGGUGACCAGGUGUCGAUUGACAAAGAAAUUUUCACCGUGAAGGAGAUUCGGUUGCUCAGCACGAUCUUCCUCGACUCGAACGGAGUAUUUGUGCAGGCGCCGAAUACGAAGUUGAAUGAUUUGUUCUUGUAUAACAUCCGGCGAAGCCCGCAACUCUCGGAGACCUUUGCGUUCGACGUGGCGUACGAGACGACGUUCGAGCAGCUGGAGGACCUCAGGACAAGGAUGAUCGCCUUCCUGAAGGCUGAGAGGCGAGAUUACUUGCCUUCAUUCGACGUGAAUGUCGUCGAGUUCCCCGACCAGGAAAAGAUGUCGCUGACGGCGGACAUCAUGUACAAGAGCAUCUCGCAGCAGGCCGGCUUGAGAGCGAAGCGACGCAACAAGUGGGUCUGCGCGUUAAAGACCAUGCUUGCCGAGGUUGGCAUCUACGGACCCAAAGGCAACCCGGACGCACCGCCGCCACCAAAACGGUACACAGAGGUGCCCUGGGACCAGGUGCAGGAGGACGACAGAAAACGGGAGGAAGAGGAAAAGGCACGUGUGAAGGGCGUGCCCGAACCGAUUCUUCCCUUUGUAGGCUGGCGCUUGGCGGAUGAGAAGGCGCAGUACCACGACCCGAUCGCGGGCGUGUUCGGAGAGACGGGGGAGGUCUUCACAUCCUCGCGAGGACCGUCGCGGGCGCCGACGCCCAGGAGGCAGAUGACGGACGAUAGCUUGCGGCACCGGGGUAUGCCACGAAUGGUAGCGACGCCGCCGCCGAUGAUGCCUCAAGCCGUCGCGGGCUCCUCGUCGCCCAGGUCUUCGCCCAGGCGCCCUCCGGGAAUACCUCUGCGCGCAGAUUCGUACGAGAUGAUGUCGCGCUAG